CGAUCCCCCGAAACCCCAAAAAGGGAUCACCUACUCCGUGCUUCGGGAAGACAACACUGCCCCCACUUAGCAGGGCAGCAACUGCCAGGAACACGCUAAAGGUUCAAGCCUGCCAGUGGCACAACAUUUCAGGACAGGCCCGACCCAAGGGCUCUAAACUGCAGGUGACGUGCCUAUCACGUCCCUCCAAACCCCCGCCUAACCCACUAAAGCCCUGGCGAAUUUUCCCUUUGCCUUUUAAAAUCAUUUCCCCUCCAUCCGCCCGACUUUGACGCACCUGCACCGCCGGGACGCUCAUCUUUUGCCUCCCUUCUUCCUCUUCUUUUGCGCAUCCUGCACCUUUACAAUUGCGCGCAAUCAUACUCCCUAUUCCUUCGGAUUCUUGGAAUAGCCGCGCCAACACAGGAACCGACACCAAACGCAGAUCACGUCCUUCGCACACGACAUUCACUAUGGCGAGUGUCGAUGUCGCUGCCCUCGGUGCCAUUCCCGUAAAUGGAGGGGCAACCGCCGCUUCGCAUCCCUACACCUGCAACACCUGCUCUGUUGCGUACCGAAAUAUCGACCUGCAGAGAGGUCACAUGAAGAGCGACUGGCAUCGAUACAACCUCAAGCGCAGAGUCGCCUCCCUUCCUCCUAUCUCCUCCGAAGUCUUCAACGAGAAGGUUCUACAGGCACGCGCCGUUCAGACGGCCGAGGCAGAGAAGGCCUUGUUCGAGCGUAGCUGUGAUGCGUGCCAGAAGUCGUACUCGAGCGAGAAUGCGUACCAGAACCAUCUCACGAGCCAGAAGCAUAAGGUCCGCGUCGCUGCAAUUGCUAGACGCAAAGGUGGCGUCACCGAUGAUGCCAGUUCUGUCAUGAGCUCUACCUUCUCCCUCGGCGAGCCUAUCGCUGUCGACAAGGAGAACGAGUUGGAUUCCGAGGCCGAGGAGGAGUUCACCCAGGUUGUCGAGGGUCUCAAGAAGGCCAACAUUCAUGAGCCCCACGACGAGCGCCCGUCCCCCGUCAAGCGUCCCUCCAACCCCCACUUGUCUGCUCAGAGCCAGCGCGCCAGCGAUGAUGCCACCAUUAACCGCGAGUCCGACUCCACCACUCCCGUUCCGUCUAAGCCGGAGAUCUCCUGGAGCACAAAGUCCUGCCUUUUCUGCAAUUACGAGUCACCCAAUGCCCCACUCAACGCCAACCACAUGGAGCGAUUCCACGACAUGUUCAUCCCCGAGAAGCAGUACCUGGUCGACCUUGAGGGUCUGCUGCAGCACCUUCAGGAGCGCAUCCACGAGGGUCACCAGUGCUUAUACUGCUUCAAGACCAAGAAGACGGCAUUCGCCGUACAGACCCACAUGCGUGACAAGGGACACUGCAAGAUCCCCUACGACACCGAGGAGGUCCAGCUGGAUAUUGGUGACUUCUACGAUUUCCGCAGCACUUACUCCGAUGACGACGAGUCGGACGACGACGAGGCUGAGCAGAACGGCGGGGCCAAGCUGGGUCUGAAGCGUCCCACGAAGCUGGUUGGUGAAGACGGCGAGGAGGUCGAAGAAGGCGCGGAGGAUGGAUGGGAGACGGACAGUUCAGCCUCUUCUCUCGACUCGGCCGACUUGACAGCCUUCACUGCGGAUGGCCGCUACGAGCAAUUUGAGCGUCUAGACAAGCACCCUCACCACGCUCGUGACGACCCUCGCAAUCACCACCAGGCGGAUGGCUGGCACUCUCAUGCCCACAAGCACACCCGUGCGGUCUUCUACGAUGAAUACGAGCUUCACCUGCCGUCUGGCAGGGCAGUUGGUCACCGCUCUCACAACCGAUACUUCAGACAAAAUCUCCACAACUACCCCACUGCAGAGGAACGUAAGGAGCGCCUGGCUAUCGAGGCAGGCUCGGGCGAUGAGAUGGAUGUGGAUGGCAGAGAGGUUGCCACCACCGGUGACCGGAAGACUCGGAACCACCGUGCCUUGGCUCGCAGAGAUGCUGCGGGCAUGGCUGGUGCGACUGACAAGCAGAAGCGUGUCGUCAGACAGGAGGAGAUCAGAGGUCGCAGCAACGCCACCCGUCACCAGAAGCGUUACGACUACGGAGUUAGCGUGAAGCUCAAUAACCAGAAGAACUUUUACUACCGCUACCAGGCCGGUGGUUGAUCCAUUCGCCACUAGAUGCGGAGGGAGUUCGGCUGGUUGGUUUUUCUUUUUUUUUCUUUUUUUACAAAUGGAAUUGAAUUGGUAUGCAUGAUG